UCGACAUCAGUGUUUUUUUUUUGUUUGUUUUUUCUCUCUCCAAAACUCAUCAGCCACUGAACGGAUCUCAAACGGUUGAAGAAUAUGAUUCACGCGCUUGUUUUGUCCUGUUUAUGUUUUUUCCCUCUGAUUGACUCAGAGACAGAAAAUAUAACCGUGUCAGCGAUGGAGGGAGGUUCUUUCACUCUCCGCACUGGUCUUAAUGAAAUACAGAGCAACCCGGUCGAGUGGAGGUUUGGAUCGAGCAGAACUCGUAUAAGCAAAAUACAGGCGGGAAGCAUUUUUCCAGACGAUGUCACGAUAUUCAGAGACAGACUGCUGAUCGAAAGACAGACUGGAGAUCUCACCGUCACAAAUAUCACUAAUGAACACACUGGAGUUUAUGAACUAAGUAUCGAUCUCGGACUGAGAGAGUUGCCAAAAACUUUCAUUGUCACUGUUUAUGCUCCUGUGCCUGUUCCUGUCAUCACCAGAUACUCUCCUCAGUGUUCAUCAUCAUCAUCAUCAUCAUCAUCAUCAGGGUUCAAAAGUGUGCUGCUGUGUUCAGUGUUGAAUGUGGGUCAUGUGACUCUCUCCUGGUACAAAGGAAACAGUUUAUUGUCCAGCAUCAGUGUGUCUGAUCUCAGCAUCAGUCUCUCUCUACCUCUGGAGGUGGAGUAUCAGGAUAUAAACACCUACAGCUGUGUAGUGAACAAUCCUGUCAGCACCCAGACCAAACAUCUGGACAUCGAUCAACUCUGUCAGACAUGUUCAGACUGUGACCACUACUGGAGUCAAACGACCGAAGCUGUGAUCCGAUUGGUCGUCUCUGCUGUGGUGGGCGUGGCUGCUGUUGCUGCUGCUGUUGUACUGGUUUAUGACAUCAGAUCCAGAAGAACUGAACUGGAGAGGAAAACUAAGUUCAUCAAAUAGUAAUGUACCUGGUAUUAUAAAACAAGAAUAAACAAUCUCUAUCUUUUUUAUUUCUGUCACUUUCAUUUGUUUUAAAACAUUAUUUUUAUUAUUAUUAUUUUUUUUAUUAAGGCGAGACACUGCAGGUGAAUAGAAAAAUAUAUAUAUAUAUCGCCUUACCCAGCUGAUUGAUUACAUUGAUAAUUGCAAACACUUUUUGUAUUUCAAGUUUUCUA